CACAAAGUUGAAAUGUUCUUUGGUUCUUUUUUCACAGAUGCGCCAUGAUCAGCUAAGCGUUUCCAGUGUUUUUAUAAAAUUUCAGAAUUGCAGUAUCUGCGGGGUUUUUUAAAAUAAUUUAUUUUGCCGGUCUUAUGUUAACAUAUGUGCCGCCAAGCUGUUAAUCAGUGCAUAAAUAUACCUUUCACCUAGCAACGGAAGUUUGGCACAAUUGUCCAGUGUUUAACAAAUGUUACAUUUGUGUAAACCAGCAUCUGCAGUUCCUUGUUUCGUCAAGUGGAGAAAAAUGCUCGCUAAUCGCGAACAGAUUGCUAUGAAGUUAAUUAUUAAUUGAAUAUCAGGUCGAAGUCUCAAUUCUUCUGAUUGUAUGAUAUAUCAUUUUAUUCUACCACCUUAUUUAGAGGACAACUGUUGGUUAAUAAAAUGAGUUAUUUUAAUUUCCAAAAAUAAACUUUAUUCAGAAUUUAAAAAUGUAUACAAAACAAGAACAGCGCAGAACUCUUCCGGUAUUCUCAGUGUCUAUACAUUAAUUGCGUAAAUGAAAAAAAAAAAGCAGCAGUCAAGAGUACGAGUUUGUUGCGCGUUAGGUUUUUAAAGGUUAAACGUGCGUAAAGAAUGCGAAUAGCAAGAGGAAAUGACAACAUGCAAAUGAUCAGCCAAAUAUUUCACUUUCCACCGCCUCGUUACAUUAUUUUGUUCGUCUGUCAAACAAUGUGAGAUCAUCAACGUCGAAUUGCGUCUGCUCUUUUUCCAUUCCGAGGCCUUAUUCGUAUGAUAGCGAAACUGAACAGCGAAACCGGCGAGUAGGUGUGGUCGUUUCUACAGCCUCCUCCGGCACAGAAACUCCGCACAACGGAGCAGCAGUACUUUCGGUAGCCAUCGAAGCAAAUUAUUUGUUGCAGGAGGUUCAGCCGGUGUGAGUGUCGUUCGGGAUCUACCAGCUGAGUCAAUAUGGGCAAAUGUGGACUGUGUUUGAGGGAAGCGGAAACCCAUAUAACGGGAAAACUCUUCACCAACAACAGCAUCGCAGUGCAUCAGAACUGCUUACUUUUCUCUUCAAAUCUUGUCAAUCAAAACUCUCAAGAUUUUGAUGAUUUUGGUGGAUUUCUUCUCAGAGAUAUAAAACAGGAAAUUAGAAGAGGAAGCAAGUUGAAUUGCUCGUUUUGUAGAAAGAAAGGUGCAACUGUUGGAUGCGAAGUGAAAACCUGCAAAAAGUCCUUUCACUAUCCAUGUGCCAAUGAUGCCGAAGCAAAAAUAAUUGAAAAUGACGCCGAGGGCAUUUAUAGAGUUUAUUGCAAAUUACAUAAAAUAGAUGGAAACCCAACUCCAAGUAAAACAGCCUCCAAAGGCAAUAUUGCUGGCAGUCAUACUGAUAAUGGCAUCAUGAAAACAACUAAGGAUAAUGCUCUUCAUGAAGCCUUACAUCUCACAAACGUUCAACCUAAGACGUCAGGCAAUAUUAUGAAGAGCAGUGCCACCACAAGAAAGAGGAUAAUCAGUUCUGACACAGAUGAAAGCGAUGACUUGCCAAUAUUUACUGGCACCCAUGUACAAGUCAGUGUCAAAUCGAAAAAUGGAUCGAAACAAACAAGGCUUGAAAAUGAUGGUGGAAAGCAAGUUGAGACACCAUGUAACUUCAGCAGUGCUCGCGCAGUAAGGAUGAACAAGUCUUUAGAUGAUUGGUCAUUAUCCAUGCUCGGUGGAGAUAGUCCGGGAGGCAUUCAAGAAGCCCAAUUGAGAGAGGUGCAUCAGAGUAUCACUGAGGAGGGAUCUCAUUCUGUGUCGAAAGGUUGCCUUCAGGCAACUGUUUCUACUGGAAAUCCAACUCUUUGUACCCGUCCCAUGUUAGGGGAAAAUGAGCCAAACAAUGAAAACUGCAGUGAUGCAAGCACAAAUAUAGAUCAGUGCGAAGUCCACGAGGAGAUUGAUGAUGUGCAACAGGACGUUCAUGGGGAGAUCAUAGAAAGGACAUCAACUCCAAUCACAGAACCUUGUGAGCAAUCGACUGCAGGACAAGCAGAGAACUUCUGGAAGAUGUGCAAGGAAGCUCGGUGUUUGGAGAAUAUUUUCUUGAUGAUCCAGAAAAAUCUGAGUUCUAUUCAGCAAAAAAUAGCGAAUGGAAUUGCCACCAGUAAAGACAACGAGGUUGCAUGGACAAUUCUUUUGACUGCGAAUUCACUACAAGACAUCAUGUCGGAAUUUCAGUCACAAAUACAAAAAAACAUGCAGCAUCUUGAAGAAGAAAAAAUAUCCUUGCAGAGACAAGAUAAUCUUGUUAAGGAGUUCGCAAAGUUAGCCCGUUCACUAAAGAAGAAUGCCGAGAGAAAGAAAUGACUACUCCAAGUGCUAAACUACCCUCUACAUAUAGGAAACAAUAUUUGUUUUGAGAAUGAGUACGCUGACAAUAACCAGAAUGGAAGCAAACUCUGACUGCAGCUAUUCUGGGGUUUGAAGUGCAACCUAUCCGGGGGAAAACCUUUUACCUUCACCACCAGCAGCACACAAGGUUCAACUCACUCCAGUGCCAUCUUUGGCAAGACUUUCUAGUUGUGCUGCUGUCUCCCUAAUUGGGCAGGUUAAUCUACACAAAGCAGCUUCUUAUGAGUAACAAAAAUCUGAUUUUACUGGUUAUUAGCUGGAUUGAACCAGGUGUUAAGGGUAGAAUAUUUCCUCUUUUCUCUGCAGCAAUUGUGAGGACCAUGUCUGACCUUCCAGAAGAUCUUCCCUCUGGAUCACCUGACAGCAUGGUGGCUGUGGCGAAUGUUCCAUCUCCAGUACAUGCAGGCAAUCUCCCAACCAACUGUCUGAUUAGAUACCCUAAUAUGGUCCUGUAAAGUUAUCAAUAAUCACCUCUGGGUGCUUUCUCCAGAAGACAUUCAAAUCAAUACAGAUCCACCAUCCAUUUUUCCAACAACUAGUGGUCCUGCACCUCCUUUAAUCCAGACAAAUUUAUGAGAGCAAACUUGAAAUUCCCCCCCCCCCACCCCCCCUUAAUUCCCCCAGAAAAUGUGGUGCCUAGACUGGGUGAGGUGGCAGAACUCUGAACCUCCGCAAUUGAUCGGCGGGACAAAUUUGCCCUCUGCUCUGGCUCUGCUGGAGCAGCAGAUCUGUUUCCAUAGCCCAUUUCCAAGGCUAACUGUACAGGAUCCCCGGCGGCCUGUUCACCUCCUCUUGGAGGCCGUGACCUCUGUUGGUCUGGCAAGACGGAUAAUCCUGCAAGGCUCUGGAAACAAAGGUGCCGGAAAAUCAAAGAUGUUCCUCUAUUGGGUAGCUUGCUAACAGGCAGUAGAUAAAACCUAUGGGAAGAAUUCUCACUCUCGGCCACGUCACCACCCGCUGGUCAGAUUCUAAAUGUUUACAUUCACAAUUUCAGUAUCUGAUACAACUUAACCAAAAUUCAGGGCAAAAUUUUUAUGACGAUGUCCAACUAAAAAAACUAUGCUCUCAUUGGUAACUUUUCCCCCCACUUUUAAAACAUCUGAAGCUUAAUCGCACAUAUACAAACUUUAUUCCUCUCAUAGUAGCUUUGUGUAGCUGGCCUCUUAAGCCUAAUGAGAUCAUGGCUCAUCAGUCCAUAACUUCACUCAACUUCCCCAUCUACCUGUGUAUUGGUAUUGGUUAUGGUUAAUUAUUGUCAUGUACAUUGAGAUAAAGUGAAAAGCUUUAUUUCCAUGCAAUCCAGUCAACCCAUACUAUACACGAUUACAAUCCAUACACCAUACACAGAUAUAACAGGUUGUGCAAAGAAAAAGAUGCCAUAAUGUUGCAGCAUUACAGUUAGAGAAAAAAGUGCAAGGUCUGCAAAGAGGUAGGUUGGAAGAUUAGAACUGCACCCUAGUUUAUGAGAGGACUGUCAAGUAGUCUGUUAACAGUUGGGAAGAAACGGUUCCUGAAACUGUUUCAAUCUGAAGCUUUGGAGGUACUUUCAUGAUUUUGUAUCUUCUGCUCAACAGGGGAGGGGUGAAAAUGGUCCUUGAUUAUGUUAAUUGCUUUCCGAAGGCAGUAUGAAGUGUAGAUUGAGUCGAUAGGGGGGAACAGGUGAUGAAGGCUGGUCUAGGCCACAUCCAUAACACUGCAAUUUCUUAUGGUCUUGCCUCUCUGAGAUAACUCAGGAAAAAAUCUUAUCCAUACGUCUUAAUGGGCAACCAUUAUUUUUAACGUGAACCCUGAGCUUUAGAUUCCUCCACAGGAAAAAGCAUCCUUUCCACAAUCACACUGUCAAGAAUCCUCGGGAUCUUGUAUGAAUCAAAUCGCCAUUUACUCUUUUUAAACUCCAUCUGAUUCAAGCCUAUCCUGUCCAACCUUUGUUUCAUGGCAACCUGCCCAUUCCAGGUAUUAGUCUAAUAAAACUUCCAAAGACUUGAGAACACAAUUUUAGAAUUCAAAGGAGUUUAACAUUCAUACAUACUGUAUUACUAUCCAUGGAUGAACUCACUUAUCAGCAAAAAUCCAAUGAGAACAGCAAAGCUAAUUAACAUUCAUGAGAGACAUUAAAAUAAAUUGUAUUCCAAUGUGCACACUGCAAAGAAACUAUAAAUAAA